AAUCCAUCGUACGGUCACCAGGAACCCGUGCUGUCACAUGGUCACAGUCACCUGAUCACAGUCACGUGUGAUCGCAGUCACAUGACCGAAGGCGGACCUAAAGGAAACCAUGCUGUCCCUGAAGAAGGUUCCGACCGCAGAAUGUCACCGUCUCUGUCACAGAGUGGUGGACGAGAUCUGCAGGGGUGAACCUCCGAGCCUGGUGGACUACAGUGAUACCUGGAGCCUGGUGGAGUGGCUGGACCUGAAGGACUGCCUGACGUCUCUCCUCCUGAAGAUGGUGGGGGACGGGUCCUCUGAUGAACAGGUGUUGGCGGGGCUGAGCGACGUGGGCCCUGGCUACGGUGAGGCUGUCCUGAGUGUGCUGGAGGCCCGGCGAGAGGAGCUCCGAAAGGCUCUGCUCCAGAGGACCCACCUGAUGUCCAGCGCCAAUCUGCAGGACUUUGACUGGCAGUUAAAGUUAGCCUUGUCCAGUGAUAAGAUUUCAUCACUCCAGACGCCGCUUCUCAAUCUCAGCCUGUAUGUGCGAGAGGAGGGAGCACUCCGGUCCGUUGCCAUAGAGAUGGGCAGGGAGGAGUUGAACACACUAAUCAGCUCCCUAGAAGCUGCCAACAAGGUAGUGCUGCAGCUGAAAUAAUAUGCAUCACACUCCGGUUCUCUGGCCAAAGGAACAGGCUGGGACGUCAUCAUUGUGAAAUUAGCUACACUGAUUUCUGUCAAAGUACAUUGUCAGAUUAUAUUGAGAAUAUUAGAUAAAUGUUUAUGCUCACAAAUUAGUAGUCUGAGAACCGUUUCUGCAUAAGGCUCUCUUUAACUUCUAAGCAUUCCCCUGCAACAUAUUUUGUGCAAUAAAUGUGUAGAAAGAAUCCUUGCAUUUUAAUUAUUUUAUUGAUAACUAUUGCCAUAUCUUGGAUAAAUAAUAUUCACACUUACAUUUAUUAACAUUGCAUGUUAUUCAACAUGUUAUUAAUGAUGUUGGUGACUGAAGCUUUUGUGGAAGAUAGCAGACCAUAACCAAUGUUGGGGUGAAUAUAUUUUAAGAAUAUUUAAAGUCUGGUAUGGUUGGUGUGCACUUUUGUGACAACAAUGAAUUUAAGUAUUUAUGGGCAAUUAGUAUGGAGUGAAAUAUGGGACUCAAUUAUUAAAACCUAUGUCAUAAGUUUCGCAUGUAAAAAAAAAAGAAAUGAUUAAAAAAAACUGGUUGUAAAAAAAAACAUGAACUUAGUUUCUUUAAUGAAAUAUUUACUUUAAGUAUUGUUACGGCUGCCGUCUAAUGUGCAUUUGAUGUUGAAUGAUUCUGUAUGCAAAUCCAGCUGGGUGAUUCCCUUUCGAUGAUUGGUCCCCUCCCUACUUCCUGGACCCCAUCAAAGCUACCAACGGGAGUCUCCAAUCAAGCCAGCUGCACAUAAAUAGCAUGUGUGUCCACAGUUCGGGGCGGCUGUGAACCAGUGAGCAGUCCGCCUCUUUAUUGGUGCCUACCUUUUGUGGUUGCUUAGGGAAUUAGAGUUUUGAUAUCGUUGUAUUGCCUGGCUGCGAUUGAGUGGUUUCAGCCAGUGUUUUUGUUAACCUUGUGUAGCUUUCUUUUGUUAUAAUUCUGUGUGCAUGUGCACUCUUUUCAGUUGAUUAAACCCCCGAUUUUGACCCGAA